AUGGAUGAGGAAGUGAAAAAAGUGUUGUUACAAAGAGAAGCUGAGGUGGAUAAGGCUUUUGAAGAUUAUCGUUUCCAACGAAACCUUCUAGAUAACUACUGGGAUGACAUUGAUCAUAAAAGGAAUUGGAUUAUACGAACUAGGGAAGAAAUCCAAUCUGCCGAGAGUUCGAUCCGCUCUAGUGAAGAAAUUUUUGGAAAGCUAAAGACUGAAAUAGAACUCCAUGAGUACUAUUUGGAGAAAAAAAGGAAUUCCUUGCUACGAAAAAAGACUAUCCUUACGAGUUUCCGAUGUAGGAAGAAGAUGAGUAAUAUUUUAAUAGUUUGCCUGUUUGUUGAAGUGAUUUUAAGGUAG